AUGUCCACUUCCACCCUGAUCUCCCACCUCAGACAGGCCUCAAAAAAUGCCUUCCCCAAGAUCUCGUCUUUACCAUCAACUCUCCUCCUCACAAGAACAGCUUCUCCCAUUCUCAUCUCAAAACGAGCCCUCACUUCGACAGCAUCGAAGGGACUCUCGGUUGUCCCUGGUGUCAACCCCCUUCGCCAGUACUCGACUCCCUCUUUGACCAUUCAGAAUGAAAAGACAAACAUCAACCAGGCACCGGCGCUGGCAGCUGUUGCUCAGGACGAGAGUAUAAACGAUUCGAGUUCUCAGAAGGAGAAGCAAGAAAAGAGGAUCUCAGAGAUCAAGGAUGCAAAGCUGAUAUUCAACCAGGCAUUCAAAAAUGUCCAGGAUAUCCACGGCAGAGAAAACAUGAAGUUCCCCAAGGAAAUCAUCUGGCUCAUGGGCGCACCUGGCUCAGGAAAGGGAACUCACACUCCCGCCAUCCUCCGUGCACGCGGUAUCACCAACCCCUCCAUCUCCAUGUCCUCCCUCCUCGCCACCCCUGAAUGCAAGGAGCUCAUCAACAAGGGCAUGAUGGUCAGCGACGGCAAAGUCGUCGAAAACUUGCUCCAUGCCCUUCUGGACUGUGAACCUGAGGUUGGAGUCCUCGUCGAUGGAUUCCCACGUAGCGAAGCCCAGGUUGAGUGUCUGAAGUUGUUCCAUGAGAGGAUGCACGAGCUCAGGAAAGAGUUCAAGCACACACCACUCAAAGAUUUCUUCCCUCGACCCACCUUCCGCAUCUGUGUCCUCUAUGUCGACGAGGAGAUCUCUGUCAACCGUCAGCUCAUGCGUGGAAAACUCAUCCAGGAACACAACGCUCAAGUCAUGCGAUCAGGAAAGGGCGAAAUCAUGGAAGAGCGUGUCACUGAUUUUGACGAGCUGCUCAUUCGUGCGAGAUACCAGAUCUUCAAGGACCACUACUCGUGCUUACUGAAGCUGAGCAAGAUCUUUCCUUUCCACCUUAUCAACGCCGUCGGAAGCAUUGACAGUGUGAUGCGCAUCAUUCUCAAGGAGUUCGAGUACCAGUCUUCCCUCGAGCUGGAACACGACACCUAUGAGGCCAUCUCUCACAUCCCCCUCGCCACCAAGAUUGGCAUCCACGCUCGUCAGGAUCUUAUCAGACGCUUGGAGCACUAUUGUGAGACCGAGCCCGAUAUUUUCUCCAAGGCUGUUCGUUUCAUUGACCAUGAGGUCUCGCCCAUGAUUGCCCGCCACGCCAUCAGUGGACAGGCCCUCGUCCGAUCUGAUAACACCAUCUUGUCCGACCCCAAGAUUGUGGAGGUUGUUAUCAGCAUUCUCUCGGAACGUGGAUAUGCUGUUACGAUGGACGAGCGUGUUCAUGAAACCCCAAAGCGUGUGGAUCCCAAGACCUUUGAGAUCAUCCUGGAGAGGACUCAUGUGUACGCCUUAAACGUCCGCUUCCCUCAACACCACAUCCAGCCCUUGGAGCAAAAGUUCUAA